AACAUGAGCAACACCGCCGCCAUAACACCUAGCAGACACCCUCUGCUUCCACAGAAAGACCAUGGAUAAGCUGACGGACAAGAUCGCGGCCUUGCCGCCGGGCGCAAACUACUGCUCCCUCGAAUUCUUCCCGCCGAAAACCCAGCAAGGCUUUUCCAACCUCAAUGCCCGUCUAUCACGAAUGGCGCACAGCUUGCGCCCACUCUUUGUCAAUGUGACAUGGGGCGCCGGCGGGAGCACGUCUGCGAAGUCUCUGGCGCUGGCGGAGCUCACGCAAAGAGAACUGGGCUUGACCACGUGCCUUCAUUUGACAUGUACGAAUAUGUCUCGCAAGCUCAUCGACGAAGCGCUAGCGCAAGCCAAGGUUUUGGGGAUCAGGAAUAUUCUAGCUUUGCGUGGCGAUCCGCCUAGAAGUGAAGAGUACAGGGACGACAAUGACGCAGACGCUGCAGAGGAUGAUAGCAACAAGGACUUCACGUGGGCUGUAGACCUGGUGCGGUACAUUCGCAAGCAGUACGGUGACUACUUCUGCGUUGGUGUUGCAGGAUAUCCAGAAGGUCAUUCAGAUCAGUCACAUCCACAACACCAAUCGGUCGAGCACGAUCUGCCGUAUCUCGUUGAGAAGACCAAAGCAGGAGCAGACUUCAUCAUGACACAGCUCUUCUAUGAUGUCGAUGCAUACGAGAAAUACGAGAAUACUUUGCGGGAGCAUGAGUCUGGAGUAUUCAAGACCAUUCCAAUCAUCCCUGGCUUGAUGCCAGUUCAAAGCUACCAGAUCCUGCGCAGAACUGCGAAAUUGAGCCACGCCGCGAUACCUAGCGAUGUGUCUGCGAGAUUUGAAGCAGUCAAGCGUGACGAUGAGGCAGUCAAGAAGGUGGGCGUAGAUGUUAUCAGUGAGAUCGUGGAGAAGAUGAAGGGCAUUGGCAAUCUGCCGCGGGCGCGAGGAUUUCACUUCUACACUCUCAAUCUCGAAAAGGUGGUUGCGCAGAUUCUGGAGCGCUGCAAUCUCAUACCGCCCAGCACACCUGAAGUGAUCUCUCAUGGAUCCUCUGGAGAUGACCAUGCUGUUGCGGUCGAAGAAAGUGACGACUUCGUGCUAGUCGAGAAUGCAAAGAAGAGGGAUCAUCGGCGCAAGUCGUCCAUGGUCAACUCACAACCUCGCAAUCGCAUCAUUGUCUCACAUACGCGCGCAUCAAGCACGAGUAGCAACCGUGCGUCAAGUACGUCGGCUUUUGAAGCUCGAGAUGACGAAGCCGGCGUACCCAAGGAGAAGAUCAACAGCCGCGCGAACACUCUCGCCAUUUCCGAAGGCGAGGGUGCUCUUGGUCGAGAGGCGACUUGGGAUGACUUCCCGAACGGACGCUGGGGAGACGCCAGAUCACCGGCUUAUGGUCAGAUCGAUGGUUAUGGUGUCAGUCUUCACGUCAGCGCACCAGAUGCGAAGCGGUUAUGGGGUGAGCCUAUGAAGCCAGAGGAUGUCUCGAUGAGCUUCAGGCGACACCUCGAAGGAGAAAUUGACUCAAUGCCGUGGUCCGAGGAGAGUUUGCAACCAGAGACACUUACAAUCAAGAACGAGCUGCUUCAGCUUAUCAACAAGGGCUGGUGGACUGUCGCAUCACAGCCCGCAGUGAAUGGAGUCCGAUCGACAGACCCAGUAUUCGGCUGGGGUCCCAAGAAUGGCUUUGUCUUCCAAAAGCCAUUUGUGGAGUUCUUCAUUCCAGCCGCAGAAUGGAAGAAGCUUCAGUUCAAACUUGAAGAACACCCCCAGAUCACUUUCUUCGCCGGUAAUGCGCAAGGUGACUUCGUGAGCUCGGACGAGGACAGUGUCAAUCCUGUCACAUGGGGUACGUUCACCGGCAAAGAGAUCAUUACACCCACUAUAAUUGAGGCUGUAUCAUUCAAGGCUUGGUGCGAAGAGGCGUUCGGCAUUUGGGCAGAGUGGCAGAGAAUUUACAAGCCUGGAUCGGAGAGCAGCAAACUUUUGGAGCGCAUUAGAAAGGACUAUUGGCUGGUCAGCGUUAUUCAUCAUGGCUUCCUGGAGAAGGGCGCAUUGUGGAACGAUUUGCUUGAGGGAUGAGAGGUGACGAGCAUGGGAAACGACAAAUGCAUAGCGAUGGAGUAGGACUUGUUGCUCGUGUUUCAUGCUCAUAGCGGGACUGAGGUCAUCAUACAUGAUCGCGACGCACAGUUGGUUGAAGCUGACAACCAACACUUUAGAUCUUCCGGCAUUGCUGCUACCCUUUGCUUUUGUGGAACACCUCGAACACUCCAAGUAAGGAUCGAAAUCAUCAAGAUAAGCCAUGCGUAGCGCUACCUCUUCAAACGGAUUAACGCCGCAUUAUAACAUGUCAACCCAUGACAGCCGAGAUGCAAUGAGCUCGAUAUGAUCUGCGUUGCACGCCAGUUGCAUUUUUUUAGGGUCCUAUGUUCGUGGCAUUACGCGCUGCCGAUUCCUCAUGCAGACAGUCGAGAAGUGUCUGCACUUCUCAAGUUUCAGCCUUGCUCGCGGCAAAAUACGAGCGCCCACGCGCGGCGAAUCCUGCCUUCAAGGCAUAUAUAGAGAUCAGAGGACAAGUCCAGUAUCAAGAGAUCAAACGCGUCUAUCCAUCGCAGAGUGAAGCUCGCUCUCG